GUGAGUAUUCGAUUAAAAUAGAACAAGCUACAAUAGAAUUAGUGCAGAAAUCAAGUAAAGCCAAGCGUCGAACACAAAAAAAAAAUGCCACGAGCAAAAGGAACAGCUAAGCGUGGUAAAGCUGCGACAAGGGGUAAAGGACGUGGUAGAGGAAAGAAAGUUGAGGAAGAUGUGCAGGAAGAGGAAGAGUCCCAGGAAACUGAAAACACUGAAGAGGACAGUCAAGAUGCCCCAAGCAGUGAAAUGGACACCUCCCAGGAAUCCGAGGAAAACGCUGAGAUAAAACAGGAGGACGUAAAACAAGAAGAAGAAGAACAAAACACAGAUGGAGACGGCGACCAGGACACUGCUGAAGAGGACCAGGAUGUUUCAGAGAGUGGAGGACAGAAACGUAAAGCAGAUGAUGUGAAUGGUGAAGAUGAGGAUGAGGACGAAGACAAAUCUUCAGCUAAAAAAAUGAAAACAGAACCUGAUCCCAAUAGACCAGUGACAAUGUUUUGUGGUAACCUAGACCCAGACCUGACCUCAGACACUCUUAGAGGCUUCUUUGAAAUGAACAACAUUGAUGUGACCAAUCCAAGGAAAAUUGGCUUCAAGAGGUUCGGUUACGUAGAUGUCAAACCUCAAGAUGUUGACAAAGCCCUUGAGUUGAAUGGCAAAGAGCUGAACGGUGAACCAAUUACAGUUGAGAAGUCGAAGCCAAGAACUCAGGAAAGCCAGAGUGGUGGUCGAGUACAGGGAGGAGAUUCCAAGACAUUGUUUGUAAAGGGUCUGAAGGAAAGUAUUACGGAGGAGGAACUUCAGGCCUUUUUUGAAGACGCUGAUGCGGGUAUCAAUGUCACCGAAGUCAGACUGCCCAAGAGCAGAGGUGGCGGCUCUAAAGGGUUUGGCUAUGUGGUGUUUGACUCUGAAGAUGCUCUGGAGACAGUAAUGAAGGACAAGCAGGAUGUUGAACUUGAUGGGGAGAAAAUCUUCCUUGAUUACACUGACCAGAAAAGUAGACAUGGUGGAAAGGGAAAAGACAAAGACUUUGGACCCUCUAAGGUGUUGUUUGUCAGAAACCUUUCCUUCCAAGUGUCAGAGGAUGAGUUAAAGGAGAUAUUUGAGGGAUGUGAGGCCUGUAGGAUACCACCAAAUGAAUAUGGACAGUCUAAAGGUUUUGGAUUUGUUGAGUUCAAGUCAGUGGAGGAAGCAGAAGACGCAAAGAAAGACAAAGAUGGCUUAGAAAUAAAUGGCCGUGUGGUACAGCUAGCAUUUGCUAAUGACAAACCAGGUGGCGCAGGUGGAGCACGGUCUGGCGGCGGUGGUGGCGGAGGAUAUGGCGGUGGUGGCCGUAACUACGGUGGUGGCGGUGGCGGUGGUCGUUUUGGAAGAGGUGGAGGCUGGGGUGGUGGCGGCAGUGGUGGAUAUGGCUGGGGAGGUAGACGAGGUGGUGGUGGUGGUGGAGGUGGUUGGGGUGGCGGUGGCCGUGGAGGUGGAGGAUAUGGAGGUGGUAGAGGAGGCGGUGGUUGGGGACGAGGUGGCGGCGGUCGUGGUGGAGGCGGCGGUUGGGGACGAGGUGGUGGCGGAGGGGGAGGUGGCGGAUUUAGAAAGAGGUAUUAAAACGGUGUUGCAAACAUUCUACUUCAUCAUCACUAUCCUCGGAUAUUCAUCAACGUCAUCAUCAUCAUCAUCUGUUGUCAACGUUUCAGUGUUGUCCAUUCAUAGUUUUGUUACUGACUCCGAAUGCUAUCAUUAAUAUUGUAUCAUGAAACGGACAUUUUAUGUUGAGCUGUAACCUGCAUGAAAUUUCAUUUUACAUUGAAAAUUUGACUCUGAAAAACUGUUCACAGAUAGAAAAUAUGUAUUGUUUCUGAACAGAUGUUCCUUUUAUAUUUUAAGUCAUUUUUAUUUUAUAUUUGUGAUCACUGUGACUGUUAAAAUUCAGUGAAAGGAUAUGACUUUAGCAUCAGUAAAAUUAUGUCAUGAAAUUUGUCUGUAUAUUGACAGUUUGUUGCUCAUUGAAAAAUUUCAUCCUGAAGUUACUCGAACAUUUCUUAUUUAAUUGACCAUCAUUUCUUGUAUAUUCUCUAGCUAAGAUUUUUUUGUGUACCGAAAAUGGCAAAAAUUGACCAACAAGAGUUAGUGUAAUAAUCAUAAAAAUAGAUGCUAUUUUUCAUCUACUAUAUUGAAUUAAAUGACAUGUUAUUUGUGUAAAGUUUUCAGAAUACUGACUGACGAGAAUUUGUAAUCUUUUUUGAGAACUUUGAGAUGUUGUAGUAAAAUUUAAAAGAUUUUUAGCAUAAUUCUGAUAAAGCAUAAGUUUUAGCCUGUACUGUCAUUCAGCUAUAAGUUUUUGACACGGAAUGAUGUGGGCAUUUCAUUUUAGUUGGACAUGUCAUUUCAGGCCAAAAGAUCAAAUUUCUGGUAUGAAUUUAAGGUUAAAACUUGAAAUUUAUCAACAUUUGAGUAGAAAUUAUUUUUAAGCAUAUACUUGAACUUGUAUUUUUACACAUCUAACUGCACUGACAUAUUGUUAUUACAUAUAAUACCAUAUUGUGGAGAGGGUCUAAAAGAAUAUUAGACAUACUCGAGGGCCCAUGUUCAUGAACUCUCUUAAGUCUGAAAUUGAGGUAUCUACUAAAAAUAGUGAAAAUAUUCAUUCUUCUGUCAAUUGUUAACCUACUUUUAGUGGGACAGAGUUGCUAGGCCCCUUUGCAGUUAAAGAAGCUAUUUUGAAGAAAACUUGAUUAAAAUUUGCAGAUGAUUUACAAAAAUGUGGUAUUAAAAAAAAUUAGCUUUUAAAGGUUUUUCAGGUAUAAAUUCCUGGCUCAGAAACUUUUGCUGAUUAAGGGUCCUGAACUUUUUUCCUUGCAAAAUGUUCAAGAAUUUUUGGAACUCUGCCUCUUUAAAAACCAUUGAAAGUACCAGAAAUUCAGCAUCACAUGACUUACUAGUUUAUGUACAUGAUCUAUUUCUUGGAAUAUAAGGCUUUGUUCACUGUAAUCUUUUAGAAAUGUUUCUGAAGAAAAAAGGCAUAAAAAUUUAUCUUAUGUGUUUGACAUUCUUUUAUUAACAUUUUCAUUUUUUAUUAAAUAAAUGAUUGUAGUAUAAACAUGA